AGCACGCUAAUUGCACGCUCGUGAACCGGUUUCGGAAAAUAUCCGACAGCAAAAGACCGCUGAAUGUCUCUUCACGGGAAUGCUGUUUUGAAAAUGAGCGGUGAUCAUCUUCGCUGGCUGAGAACUAGAGAAUUCCAAUAACACUAUGCCACCUAUGUAUUCAUUGAAUAAUUAGUUGAAGAAUUACAGAUAAAUACUUAGCUGAACCAACCGAUCGUAUUUAUCUUUCGAUCGGCUGAAAAUUCCCAUUCAUUGAAAUGUGUUCAGCAAUUGAAUCGAUAUUUGUGUCUUGGCAGCUUAGUACAAGUUAAAGUGGGAAGAGUGAAAGAGAGCGAGUGAAGCUGAUGGAAAGUGGAAUUGGAAUACGAAAUGCGGGGCGAUCUCCAAGUGGUUGGAGUAGUACAAGCGUAACUUACAUAAGCGAACUUAGUAAAGUGGGAGAGUGGGACGAGGGACAAGAAUCAAGGAUGAUAUGAUUGGUCAAAAUUUAAUUGACAGUCGCGCUUCACUGUUUAAACGCGUUUUCCAAUUAGGAAAGUCGCGUCUCCCGAAAAUCCAAAACCAUAAAUCGUGACAAAAAGCAUCCAAGUACAUCAUCAUUCUCAAAAAUAAGGAGAUAUUGUGUAUUGACUUAAUACAUACACGAAACAGUCAAGAUGCUCAGACCAGACCAUAACCGAGUAGAUCCCAAAAGAAGGAAUAAUGUCGACCAUCGCAAGAGACAAUUCGCUGAACCAGCUUACAAGGAGAACGAAUACCCUCAUUCUCUAAAUUUCUACGAGACUCCUCCCACUGCAGACAUCACCCUCGAACAAUUCGAACAAUGGGCUAUUGACAGACUUAGGAUCCUGGCCGAAUUAGAAGCAUGUUCGUUCCGCAACAAAACCCCUACCGAGACGGCAGCACACAUGAAGCCUCUACUCGAAAAAUACCUCCCUCUCAACUCCAAUACCUCUUCUUCAUCCAAACUUUUCUCUGAAAGGCAAAAAGACCACUAUAGCCAUUUCAUAUUACGACUUGCCUUCGCGAGGACCGAAGACUUAAGACGAAGAUUUAGUCGUGUUGAAACAAUGCUCUUCCGCUUACGGCUAACCGAAUACGCCGGCCUCCGCGACCGAAAUGAUUUCAUUCGGAGUUUGAAUUUUGACUGGGAACCUGUAACUGAAGAAGAACGAAACAAAUACUACUCCGAACUGCUGGCAACUAGUGGUGCCAAAAAGGGGGAGGAAGAGAGUAGCUGGUUCAAAGUUGAUUGGGGACGCGUACCUGAUUUGGUCGAAGGAAGGAAAGUCUUCUUGAAGGCUGGUCAGGCCUACGUGCCUUCGAAAGAACUACCCAGCAUGAUAAUCGCUGAGUUCACACAAAAGCUAGACCGAGCGUUGGAGCUUACAGCACGAGCAAUGCCACGACUCGACGAAGACGAUCGACUUACCCCGAUCCUUGACCACCUAUCCAAGAACUUCGUCACACCUGAUGCAUCCUACAGUAGCAGUACAUCAUCCGUCCCUGGCGCCGAGAUCACGGCCCGAAAUGUCGACGCACUUUCUUCCCACUUCCCAUUAUGUAUGCAGCAUCUACAUAAAUCGCUUCGCCGGGACGCUCAUUUAAAGCACUAUGGACGUCUCCAAUACAUACUCUUCCUAAAGGGAAUUGGUCUAAAUUUAGAAGAAUGUCUGAUAUUCUGGCGCACAUCGUUCCAUAAAUUCACGGAUGAUACGUUCAACAAGGAGUACAGGUACAACGUACGCCACGCAUACGGCGAUGUCGGUGGUGACUCAAAUCGUCGCGGAGGCGGAUACUCCCCGCUCUCAUGCCAAAAGAUCUUAACCGAACAUCCGCCCGGCCCGGGUGAGGCCCAUGGGUGCCCGUACCGACACUUCAAUCUGGAAAACCUAACUGCGCUCCUGCAACAAACGGGCAUCUCGGAUCGCUCGGUCCUGCAGGGCGUCAAGGAAGAUAAGGAGAACCAGAAGUUCCACAUGGCUUGCAACCGGUACGUUUUUCCUUAUCUUGCAGUUUCGUAUUACCACGCCCGGGUAUAUGCUAACAUGAGACACAGUGUAUUUGAAUUUGUCCACAAGAAUGAGCUUAAGAGAGCCAAGGACGAGGGUGUUAUGACUGCAGCCCAACUUGAGACAAUUGUUCACCCCAAUGAGUACUUUAAGAGGAGUUACCUCCUAAAGAAUAUGGGCAAAAUGAAUACUAAUGACGAUGUUAAGAUGGAAGGAUUCUAAUUAAGAGUACAUUGUUCAUCUGCUAACGUCGUAUGAUUCUUGUGGAUAAGGGGCUGGGAUGCAUUGUUUACUAGGAAAGCCACGUCAAGGUACCAAUCUAUAUCGGCGUUACGGUGUUUUCCGAGAGAUAGCUAGCAUAGCAUGAUUUGGUGGCUUUUUAUUUAUUUAUUUUUCUUCUUCCCGCCUUGUUACACAACAGAAGGCCACACCUACAUGGUCGAUGUACGGUUCAAAAUGAAGGAAGGCGACGAGACAUGGCGACGACGCUCUGACGCCGUCGAGACAUACAGAUGUGACACAACAGUUAAUAUACGCCGGUUUACAUCGUCCCACCCUCUUCUCGGGAAGAAUCUUAGAUAAUGGGCCAAGCACACACCUGCAUUCCACGACACUGAAACUGGUUGCGAGAUGCUACAUCAACAAAAACGUGGCAGCGGCGGAACGAAAGCCUAUUAGCUAGGUCUAGGAUCUAGGGUCUUCGUU